CAAUGUCUGACAAAGUCUUCUUCCCCGAUUAUAUCGACAAGGAGAUUACCUUUUCUAAUGAAAACGGCUCUACGACAUGGAUUCUCACUGAGAAACUUAGUGAGCAGAAUGAUCAACUGGACGAGUUUGAAUUCAGGGAAUUUGAGGAUGUCUCGGCUGCCUAUGGAGUCUUUCGUUGCAAGAAUGCCAGCAACCCGCGUGACACUGCUACUAUGAAGAUAUUUAUGCAGGUUCCCUACGCAGGAUCAGAAUUCACCUCUCGUCAAAAGAGAGCAGACCAGGCAUCUGACCGACUCACCUAUCAAGCGGAAAAAGAAACCGAUGCUCUGAGACAGUUGACAGAGAGGAAUUGUCAACAUGCACCCAGGGUACUGGGGUAUCAACAAGAUAAGCAGGAUGAGGAGGGACUGGUUCCAAACGGCUUCAUUGUCUAUCUGGUGAUGGCGCUGGUGCCAGGCGUUCAGCUGGAACGUUCUCUCUAUAGACAGAUGCCACUUUCUGAACGGCAGAAAAUUUGCAGGGCAUUCAAGGUUGCCUGGCUAGAUUGUGUCAUGGAUGGGGGAAUCUUCACUUAUCGACAUGGUAUUUGCAGUGUUUCUUGGGAUUCGACAGAGGAGAAGAUUUACAUUACCAAUUUUGAAUCAUGCCGCCAGAGAGCACCGACUGACCGCUGGCAAGACAUUAUCUUUCUUCAAUGGGGCUUAAUGCAGCCACCUCGGGGAUAUGUUUGGUAUGAGGAGACUGAGGAGCAUCCUGAUAUGUCUUUGUGGAGGAUCGAGUAAUAUCCUCAAUUCAGUAAUACCGUCCAUUUAACUUAGUUCUACUAGGUCAAAUAGCAUGCAUGGUACUUGAAGCAGGUUGUACGCCAUGCCUUGCGGAGAUAGCCACCAUGUAAUCAUCAACACCCCGAAUAAAGAUGGGUGUACACGUGGGAUUGAUAGUGAUCGGGGAAGGGGAAUUUCCAUUUCUGUAUGUAUUCCAAUGCCAAUUAAUCAGUUAAUUAAAC